AUGAAACGAAGCAAAAAGGGGAGUAAAAGUAGGAAUAAUCCGGACAGGAUAAGUGAGUUGCCUGAAGUUUUGAUUGAGAAGAUAUUGUGCUUACUUCCUACAGAAGUUGCCGCAAGAACGAGUGUUUUGUCCAAAAAAUGGCAGUCUUAUUGGAAAGUGAUGCCUAAAGUCAAGUUUGAUGGUUUAAAUCGCGGACUUGAACGGAAUCUUUGCAAGUCUUUGCUUUCACAUAAGGCUCCUGUUCUGCAGAGAUUACAUCUCAAGGUUCGUUUAGAUGGACGUGAUAAUGUACUUGAUUUUGGAAUCUUGAUUGGAAUUGCAUUAACCCGCAAUGUGCGUGAGUUGGUACUCGAAGUUUACUCCCACAGAAGGGCGUUCAGGUUUCCUAGAAGCUUGUAUAACUGUGAAACACUAGAGACUUUGGAACUCAUGCUUAAUGCUGUUAUGGAUGUCCCUUCUUCGGUUUCUCUUAGAUCCCUUAGAACUCUGAACCUUCUUUGUGUGGACUUCAAAGACGAGGAAUCCAUUGUUAAUUUUUUAUCUGGCUGUCCUAAUCUUCAAGAUUUGGUAUUGCGUGGAUAUAUACGUAGCCGUAUGAAAAUUUGCAAAAUCGUAGUGCCAUCUUUACAAAGACUAACAAUUCAUAAUGGCCAUUGUGACCCAAAACAUUGGCAUUAUAUGAUAAAUACUCCUUCUUUGAAAUACUUGAAGAUUAAAGGGUCUAUGGCUUUUGAGUCUUCUCUGAUAGUGAACGUACCGGAGCUGGUGGAGGUAAAUAUUACUGAUGUCUCUGAGAUAACCGAGGAGAAGCUUUUGAUAGUUCUUACUUCAGUCAAACGCCUUUCCUUGGCCAUAUCACCCUUGAAUUUUAAGUUUCCUAUUGGUAGCAUCUUCGACCAGUUGGUUUGUUUGGAGCUAGGUACAAAUAAAAAAGCAUGGUGGGAUCUACUUUCCUUCAUGCUUCAUAGUUCUCCUAAAUUGCAAGUCCUCAAGUUCAUCGAUGACAUAGGUUGGGUGGACAGUGUUGAGGCUACUGGAGUAUGGAAUCCACCAGAGAAUGUUCCUAAAUGUUUGUUGUCUCACCUUGAGACGUUUAUGUGGAAAGGCUACAAACGGAAACGAAAAGAGGAGCUAGAAGUGGCGAAAUACAUUCUAAAGAACACGAAUCGCUUGAAGAGAGCUUCUUUCUCCUUAAACCUCAUCUGCAGUUAUCGAGAUAGGCUUGAGGUUCUCAAUGAUUUGAAAAGUGUUGUCAGGGAUAGAAAUUCAUGCCAGGUUCAAUUCAUCAUAUGA